AUGCCAGGAUCAGAAAAGGCAUCCAGAUACCGCCUUAAAGUCACCGCAGGCCCCGACUACGACCCCGCAACCCACCAAGACGUCUCAGUAAACGAAGACCAAACACUAUACAUCUCAAACUCGCAUGCAUCUACAAACCUCGCCGUCCGAAUCCAGAACUACACUGGCUUCCCCGAUGGCGCCCCCAGAACCAACACCUACUUCACACAUCCCUCACACCAUAAAGACCAAUACUCGAUCUCAUUUGCAAUCUCCUUCACCAAACCCAUAAACGGGGACGACCUUCUCUUUGGCAACGACUUCGACAACCCCAUCCGCGACAGACUCCCACCGGGGUUUGGUGCCGCCCUCCGUCUCGUCCAGUGGACGAUCGACCCCUCUCUUGAUGGCGAUGCGCAUGCCGAUAAACCGUAUCUAUAUAGUCCGGCAUUGGCGACGUGGAAUUCUCUACGGGUCGGGAGGCAGAUAGGCAGGGUAGAAGGUGGUGGUAAGUUGCCGGAAGUGCAUGGGUUGGUUGUUGAGGAGGGUGAGGACGAUGGGGUUUGUGUUCGUGAGGAAUUGGGUGUACCCGGCGAAGUUGCGGCCAGGCGAUCGCAUUUCCACAGCGAGGACAAGAGAAAGGAGUGGGAGUUUGAGGUGGGGAGGGUGUAUUUUGCGGAUUUUGGGAAUCAGUACUUGGAUUUUAAUGACUUUACCCUUCGUCUUCCCGGGUUCAAUAUCAAUGCACUGCAUUAUAUUGAUGAGAAGACGCAUUCCCUGCGUUAUGUACUGAAGAACAGAACGACAGGUGAUGUUUAUCUGGUUGUUCUGUUCACUUUGGUUCACGAUAGCGAGGAUCAGAAUCCUGUAUCUGGACAACCAGGGAAAGUCAAGGGGGGUAGGUUUGACUGGGAAGAGGAACCGUCUGCUGCUGAUGUCGAGUAG